AUGAGCGCUGCACGUAAGCAGGGCUGGGUCCCGCAGUCGACCGGCGAUACCCAACACAACGUACGAGAUGCUGCGCUACAAGGUGCCGCUCGAGCCUUCUCCAAACCUCCCGCGAAACCGAAGUCUUUGGUAAACACAUAUACGGGAGGAGACAAUGGGGCUUUGCUCGCUGCAACCAAAGUCGGCACAGGCAAUCCGGCAUCCUUGCGGAGGGACCAUACCGGUGGUUCCGUAGGCGUCAGCAAGCCGAACCUAUCCCAUUCGAACAGCACGACGUCGCUGGGCGUGCCUGACGAUCACCCCGACCGCGUCUCGUCGCCUUCGAAUAUCGCGGCACGGCUUGCGGCAGCUCGACACAGCCCUCUGAGGCCUAUACCCCAGGCCAAGGCCGUUGUUCCGCCCGCCAUGAGCGAACAGCAGCCAAACGAGCGGGAUGCACUGCCUCCCUCGGGCAGCGUAGGGAAUGUGCUUGCGAGACUCGAGUCUCAGAAGCCCACACAACAGUCGCGGAAGAGGAGAGACAGCCUGGAGUCACCUGCAGCUGCGCGCAAUGCCCGACGACCAGAGCCUCAACACAAGGCCACUGACGAGACGUCCAUACCGCCAACGAACUCGCUCGUGAAGAUGUUUGAGCAGGCGCGACCCAGCACACCCACGAAGCAGCCUUCCGCACCGAUACGCGUUGCGCAGAAUUCACCACCCCCCGUGAAAUCGCCCAAGCCACAACGUGCGUUCAAACUGCCUCCCGAGCCGAAAGAUGAUGCACCCCUACAGAGAGUCAGAACGCAGACACCGCCGCCCGUCAAGCCGAAACCGAAGCACAAGAUCCAGCUGCCCCCACAAUAUGCUGAUGGCAGCAGCGAUCAGGCAUACUUCAAUACACCCAAGAAGGACCCUCUCAAGUCUCCCCCAAUCAAACAGAAGCCGGUGCAGUUGGCAGCAAUCAACACAUCCACGUCCCCACCUUCAAAGCCGAAGCGGAGAGGUUCGCGGCAAACACGGCCCAAGUCGGAGGACACAACGCAGUCAUCGUCCUUACAGCGCCGCAGAGUGUCUGCGUCUGUAGAAAGCUAUCAGUCACCGUCGACACCCACGUCUUUCAAGUCAGCCAAAGAAGACCAGGAGGAGGACGAGAAGCCUAGACCUGCUCUGCCUGCACCGCGACGAUCGACCGCGCGGAAGACUGAACCUGCGCCAGCUGCGAACAAACUCCAACCUUCAGCCCCGAUACAGAUCAAGCCUCGCACCCAGAGCCAGAACCCAGCCUCGAUGGCUCCACUACAGAAGCUAUCGCCUCCGCGUCGACCAAUGUCAGCCAACAGAACUGGGUCGCCUUCAGUGUACCAUAACAACUACCAGCGAGAAUCUGUCAAGCAGAUUACCCAGCACAUGACCGGCGAGUCUCUGUCGAGCGCCAUAAUGGGCGCCGCCCUAGCCUCCCAUUCUCGCAACGUCUCGCCCGCCCCUCGGCCUAUGUCAGUCGAGCCUCUUUUCCCGCCGCGCAAACAGCAUCAUCACCACUCGCCCUUCCACCGAUCGCCCUCGCCGCCUAAACAAUCCCCUCCGAAGAGCGCCGGCAAGCUGCGAACUACAAUGCGCAAAGAACCGUCAUCCUCCGAUGAGGAAGACAACAAGGUCGACAAGUACAAGAAAAAGGGCACACGCAUUAUGGGCAUCAAGGGGCGGAAACACCCGAACAAGCAUCACGAAGGGACACGAAAGCGAUGGCGCGACCAGAUAACCGAACGGGAACGGAAACGUUAUGAAGGUGUAUGGGCUGCCAACAAGGGUCGUCACAUACCCUCACCGGAUAACGCACCACCCGACGAUGACCCAUCAGCCGACGUAUUGAAUCUUCUCGUCAAAGAGAUAUGGACGAGAAGUCGACUGCCCACACACGUAUUGGAGGAAGUUUGGGACCUCGUAGACAAUAGAGGGGUGGGAAGGUUGAGCAGAUACGAGUUCGUCGUGGGUUUAUGGUUGAUAGACCAGAGACUCAAAGGACGGAAGUUGCCCGUCAAAGUUAGCGACAGUGUAUGGCAGAGCGCCAGGGGCGUGGGCAUUAAAGUCAAAAUCAAGCAUUGA